UUCCAAUCCCCUCCAUAUCAUGUGAUUCAGGUGUUCCAAUCCCCUCCAUAUCAUGUGAUUCAGGUGUUCCAAUCCCCUCCAUGGACACAGGUGUAUACAAUCAAGCCCCUAGGCAUGCAGACGGCUUCUACAAACAUUGGUGAAAGAAUGGGUCGCUCUCAGGAGCUCAGUGACUCCAAGCGUGGUCCCGUGAUAGGUGGCCACCUGGGCAAUAAGUCCAUCCGUGACAUUUUCUGGCUACUAAAUAUUCCACGCUCAACUGUUAGUGGGAUUAUAACAAAGUGGAAGCCACUGGGAACAACAGCCACUCAGCCACCAAGUGGUAGGCCACGUCACAUGACAGGGCGGGGUCAGCGCAUGCUGAAGCGCACAGUGCGCAGAAGUCGCCAACUGUCUGCAGAGUCAAUAGCUAAAGACCUCCAAACUUGGUGC